AUGGUGUCCACGGAGAACCAGCCUCAGCACACUGCCCACGGAGAACCAGCCUCAGCACACUGCCCACGCCUCAGCACACUGCCCACGGUGAACCAGCCUCAGCACACUGCCCACGGAGAACCAGCCUCAGCACACUGCCCACGGAGAACCAGCCUCAGCACACUGCCCACGGAGAACCAGCCCAGCACACUGCCCAGAACCAGCCUCAGCACACUGCCCACGGUGAACCAGCCCAGCACACUGCCCACGGAGAACCAGCCUCAGCACACUGCCCACGGUGAACCAGCCUCAGCACUGCCCACGGUGAACCAGCCUCAGCACACUGCCCACGGAGAACCAGCCUCAGCACACUGCCCACGCCUCAGCACACUGCCCACGGUGAACCAGCCUCAGCACACUGCCCACGGUGAACCAGCCUCAGCACACUGCCCACGGAGAACCAGCCUCAGCACACUGCCCACGGUGAACCAGCCUCAGCACACUGCCCACGGAGAACCAGCCUCAGCACACUGCCCACGGAGAACCAGCCCCAGCACACUGCCCACGGUGAACCAGCCUCAGCACACUGCCCACGGUCAGCACACUGCCCACGGUGAACCAGCCUCAGCACACUGCCCACGGAGAACCAGCCUCAGCACACUGAACCAGCCUCAGCACACUGCCCACGGAGAACCAGCCUCAGCACACUGCCCACGGAGAACCAGCCUCAGCACACUGCCCACGGUGAACCAACCUCAGCACACUGCCCACGGUGAACCAACCUCAGCACACUGCCCAUUUACAUGUUUAACUUCACACUCCAAAUUUUGGAUGAAGUCUUAG